AUGAGUGUUGGAUAUUAUUUCCUAUUGGAUGGGGAACGCCCAGUAUAUGAAGAUUCACUUCUCUGUUUUGUUUUUAAUCCAUCAGCUGAUGACGUGUUCUGUGAUCCACUUUCUCACGUGGUUUCUCCUACUGAAUCAACAAACAAAAACUCAGAGGCAGCGUUGAAACAUCGUUUCAUGUCUCGUCAUAAAUGUUUGAUCCAGCGAGCUGACAGCCAGCAGGAGUACCACAGACUGUCAACCAGAGUCUAUGAUCAUGACAAACAAGUGGUACUAGAGAGAAGCUCCGACUGUGAAGGUCUGGGACUACAUCUACUUGACAGCUACCCAACUUUCAUCACUUCUGUGGAUCCUGGCAGUGCUGCUGAGAAGGCUGGUAUCAAGGAAGGACAGAUUCUUGUGUCGGUUAAUGACCUCAAUGUGCUGGCUACCAGUCAUGCUGAUAUUGUGAGGCUGCUACAGAGUUUUGAAGGAAGUGUGAAGCUCUGUGUCGCUAACAGUGACUUUCAACCGGUGCGCAAUCUUCAAGCCACUGUCAUGUCAGGGUACAUGCACAAGCUUUGCAACUCAACAUUCAGGGUGUGGAAAAACAGAUACUUCAUACUUCGACAGGACAACUGCCUGUACUACUACAAAAACCAUCAGGAGACUGACCCACUAGGAGCUUUUCCAUUGGGGGGAUACACAAUCUGUCGUCACACAGAACCUAAUCGAGAGUUUUGUUUCAAAGCAGACAAGUUUGGAGGAAGGAGUUACUAUUUUAGUGCAGACAGUCGAGACCAAAUGACAGACGUCUGGUCUAUAGAAAUAGUGGUCAAGUCUCGGAUACCUGAUGCGCCAGCGGCAUGUAAAGGAGCCUUGACUCCCAGCACACGUGCCUGGUGGCGGCGCUAUUGUGUGCUCAAAGAUGCUUGUGUCUACUACUACAAAGAUAAGAGCUCUUUCAGUGCUCUAGGUGUCAUACACUUGCAUGGCUAUACAGUGGAUUCAGAGAACUACCCACGAAGAAAGUUUAGCUUCAUUUUGCAGCCACCGGAACAGAAAAUGAGGGUGUUUGCCUUCAGUGCAGACAAUGAGACAGACAAACUGAGCUUUUCUUAUGCAUCUUUCAUUGGUCUCUCGUCCUGUCUCUUUGGCUGGUAUUUUUUUAAUACUUGUGCAAUUUCCAACUUCUGCUAA